UGGAUCAAUCAAACAGACAGUGGCUUCUUUUGAUUAAAGCCCAAAUUGUCAUUGGGCAGAAGCAAUCAUGUGACAGCCAAUUCGGUCCAAUUUCAACCUUGUCUCCAUGAAUUCAAUAGUUUAAUAGUAGCGCGGUCCCCAUACGGCUGUAAUCAGUGAAUUAGAAAAAAAACACCCCAGCAGCGAUCUUCUAUGAUAGAUUUUUUUUUUCCCCUCCGCGCUCGCCUUUUUCCUGGGCCUUGCCCCCCCAAACCCCUCCAGAAGAGGGAACUUUUUCUCCGAGGGGGCUCCAAGGAGAAGGCCAUGAAUUACGAAUUUGAGCGAGAGAUUGGUUUUAUCAAUAGCCAGCCGUCGCUCGCUGAGUGCCUGACAUCUUUUCCCCCUGUCGCUGAUACAUUUCAAAGUUCAUCAAUCAAGACCUCGACGCUUUCACACUCGACACUGAUUCCUCCUCCUUUUGAGCAGACCAUUCCCAGCCUGAACCCGGGCAGUCACCCUCGCCACGGCGCUGGCGGCCGCCCCAAGCCGAGCCCCGCGGGCAGCCGCGGCAGCCCAGUGCCCGCCGGCGCCCUGCAGCCGCCCGAGUACCCCUGGAUGAAGGAGAAGAAGGCGGCCAAGAAAACCGUGCUGCCGCCUGCCUCGGCCGCCGCCGCCACCGGCCCUGCCUGCCUCAGCCACAAAGAAUCCCUGGAAAUCGCCGAUGGCAGCGGCGGGGGCUCUCGGCGCCUGAGAACUGCUUACACCAACACGCAGCUUUUAGAGCUGGAAAAAGAAUUUCAUUUCAACAAGUACCUUUGCAGACCCCGAAGGGUGGAAAUUGCGGCGCUGCUGGACUUGACUGAGAGACAAGUGAAAGUGUGGUUUCAGAACCGGAGGAUGAAGCACAAGAGGCAAACCCAGUGCAAGGAGAACCAAAACAGCGAAGGAAAAUUUAAAAGCCUGGAAGACUCUGAGAAAGUGGACGAGGAUGAGGAAGAGAAGUCGCUCUUUGAGCAAGCCCUCAGCGUCUCGGGGGCCCUUCUGGAGAGGGAAGGUUACACUUUUCAGCAAAAUGCCCUCUCUCAGCAGCAGGCUUCCAAUGGACACAAUGGUGACUCCCAAAGUUUCCCAGUUUCGCCUUUAACCAGCAAUGAGAAAAAUCUGAAACAUUUUCAGCACCAGUCACCCACUGUUCCUAACUGCUUGUCAACAAUGGGCCAGAACUGUGGCUCUGGCCUAAACAAUGACAGUCCCGAGGCCCUCGAGGUCCCCUCUUUGCAGGACUUUAACGUUUUUUCCACAGAUUCCUGCCUGCAGCUUUCAGAUGCAGUCUCGCCCAGUUUGCCGGGUUCCCUCGACAGUCCAGUAGAUAUUUCAGCUGACAGCUUUGACUUUUUUACAGACACACUCACCACAAUCGACUUGCAGCAUCUGAAUUACUAAAAACAUUAAAGCAAAACAAAGCAUCACACAAAAAAAAAAAACCCCUUUGACCAGGUGGUUUUGCUUUCCUUUAUUCUAAUUUUUAUUUUAUUUUCUUCUUGACUUACCCUCUCCCUCUUUUAAAUGUUGGAAGAUUUUUCUGUUUAGUGAUUCCCUUGACCCAGUUUCAGAGUCAUCUUUUCUCCAGACUAUUUUGGAGUUUUAGUUGUUUUAAAUCUAAUCCAACAACCCUCUAUGUGAUUUCCUGAAAGCAAUAUAUGAGGCCUGCAAGAAAGUGAUCAUAUAUAAUUGUAUCUUCACUUUCUUUUUAUUUUUGUAUUACGUUAGGGUGCAUUGUCAUGCGUAUUUUUGGUAGAAUAAAUUCUCCUUUGCUAUAAGUA